AUGUGUAAAUUUGCUGAUCUAUUUUGUGAUAAAGAAGAAUAUAAUUCUAGUUUCCAAAAAUUCUAUCGUGAUUGUCACUCUUCAUAUAAUAAAGAGGAGUUAAGUUUAUAUCAUGAAAAUUUUCGCUUACUUGAU